UCAGCUACAGUACUUUGCCCGACCGAAUUGAUAAAAAUACGUAUGCAAGGAAUAAGCAAUGAGGUUUCAGCUAAUGAAAAAUUGCAAGAUCAAACAACAGGUCAAAUUUUUAAAAAUAUCUGGAAAUCUGAAGGUUUUAAAGGCCUGUAUCGUGGGCUUGGAUGUACAAUAAUCAGAGAGUUUAUAGGAUGUUCAGUAUUCUUCGGUGUAUACGAACGAUCUCGCGAAAUACUAAAACCAGAAGGUAAACGAAAGGAAAACUGUGAUGCACUAGCUACAAUGACGGCGGGAUCUUUAGCCGGGAUAUGCACGUCGUUGAUCAUUUACCCAAUAGAUGUAAUAAAAUCUCGUGUGCAGAUGGCAAUAAAAGAGAACGAAUUUCAGAUGAUUAAAAAUGAAAUUCUAAGUAGUGGUUCACGAGGAUUGUACUCCGGUCUAUUGCCAACAAUGGUGAAAACCGUGCCGGUCACCGGAGUUUUGCUGCUCACCGUGGAGUUUUCAAAACUAUUUUACCGAAAAUAUUUUUCGGAAAUUCCGAAUUCACUAUCAAGUGUUUCCUAUCAAAAUUUUUUUUCAGUUUGUGAUUUUAUAUCCGGAUGGACAGCUGGUAUUGUUUCUACAUUAGUUGGACAUCCAAUAGAUACAGUAAAAGUAGUACAACAAGUGACUAAUGAUAAUGUAAAAAAAACCGUUAAAGAUAUUUACAAUCAAGAUAAGGCAAUCAAAGGAUAUUUUAGAGGAAUGAUGUUUCCGAUCUUAAGUGUUGGUGUUGCAAAUUCGGUAUUUUUUGGAACUUAUGGUAACGUGAUGAGGUUAAUCCAAAUACAACGCGACGACAGUAAAACAAAUAAAAAUAUUGAUGUCAGGUUUUGCUACGGUGAUGAUAAUUUGCACAAAUAUUGGCAUUUCGAUAUAUUUAUUUCGGGUUGUAUUGCCGGUCUUUCGUAUGCGUUGAUAAACACACCAAUUGAAGUUAUCAAAACAUUGUUACAAGCGAGAAAUAUUUCAACUUUCAAGCGAGAAUAUUCAAAAGAAGCUGAACCAUUAUUAACAACGACCAGACCGACCAGUGCAUAUAAAUUAAUGAUCGAACUUUAUAAGAUCAACGGUAUACGUUCACUGUAUCGAGGUGGAACAUUGUUGUUUAUUAGAGAUGUUCCUAGUAUGGGAAUUUAUGUGCUAUCAUAUGAACAUGUGUGUAGCAUGCUAAUGAAAUUAUCGCAUUCUGAAACCAAAGUAGAUUCAAUGCCAAAGCAUGUGCAAAUUAUAUCUGGUGGUGUAGCAGGUGUAUUAAGUUGGAUUUUAGUGUUACCGUUUGACGUAAUCAAAUCAAAAAUUAUCACUGACAAUAUCAUGCAGCCGUUGUAUAAAGGUGCGUGGGAUUGUACAAAAAAGACUUACAAUAAUGGCGGCAUCACAAGUUUUUUACGAGGAUUUUGGUUACUUUGCUUACGGGCCUUUCCCGUUAAUGGGAUAGCAUUUGCAACGUACGAAACGUUUAUAAACAAUUGUAGAUUCGAAAAACCAAGCCAAUUCAAGAACACUAUGGAUGAUUCUAAGUGGACGUGAUUCGGAUUUCGGAGUAUUUUAAUUAAUAGAAAUCACAUUUUAAACAAGUACUUUAUUAGUUAUAAGUGUUUAAAAUUUAA